GACCUCGAGGCGGUCUCCAGGGUAACGGGGGCCGGGGCCGGUGGCGGCGCCACGGCCGGGCCGCCCCGCGCUCGCGGCGCCCCAUGGCCUGUCGCGACAGGGAUGCCAUUUCCUGGUACCAGAAGAAGAUCGGGGCCUACGACCAGCAGAUAUGGGAGAAGUCGAUCGAGCAGACCGAGAUGAAGGGCUUCAAAAACAAGCCUAAGAAGAAGGGCCACAUCCAGCCCGACUUGAUCGACGUAGAUUUAAUCAGAGGCUCUACGUUUGCUAAAGCCAAGCCUGAGAUCCCCUGGACAUCACUGACUCGCAAAGGAAUUGUGAGGGUUGUGUUCUUCCCCUUGUUCAGCCAGUGGUGGAUCCAGGUCACCUCCCAGCGCAUUUUUAUGUGGCUCCUGGUGCUUUACAUUAUGCAAGUGGUAGCAGUGGUGCUGUAUUUCAUGGUGCCUGUUGUGAAUGCCAGUGAAGUCAUGGAACCAAUGUGCCUUAUGCUGCUCAUGGGGACAGUUCACUGCCAGAUUGUGUCCACCCAGAUCCACAGACCUGCAGGGAGCAAUGGGCUGAGCAGGCGGCGGAGGAAGUUACGCAGGCCUGGGGGUGUGGAUGGGCACAGCUGGGCCUCUCCUGACAAAGCCAGCAGAGAGGAGCAGCCUGACUCCAUGUCCCUUCUUGACCAUUUAUUCAGCUCGUUUUUCCGAAGGAGGAUUAGAAGAAUAAAGUUGGUAGCUGAGAAAGGGACAGAGACAGAAAAUGGGGUGAAUGCUGUGAAUAAUGACACCAAACACAGACCUGCCAGGUCUGAGCACAGGCUGCUGCACUUCAAAGAGAAGAGUAAACUUUCAGACGGGGAGAAGAGCCAUCAGGAGGACAGCACCAUCAGAAGUGUUUCUGAGGAGCUGUCAAGCGAGGAGGAAGCUGAAGCAGUGGCACAAAGGACCUUGUUACGCCAGAGUGUGGAAGGGGCUUCCAGUGACAACAGCUAUGAAGAGAAGCAAAAGAGGCCUCUUGUUUCCCUGAACCAGGCUGUCUCUCAGGUCAAGCAAGCCCUGAAAGGUGCCAGAGACUCUGACAGUGUUGUGGAAUCUGAGCUGGAAUCUGCACUGUAUGGUCAGGAGCCAAGGGCCUGCGUCAGCGUGGGCUCCCGGAGCUGCAGCGUGAGCCGGAGGGACUCGGAGAGCACUCGGCAGGACUCGGAGACGGAGGACAUGCUGUGGGAUGACCUCCUGCACGGCCCCGAGUGCCGCUCCUCCUGCACCAGCGACAGCGAGGACGCCACCAGCAGGGGCUCCAGGCGCGACCUGAAGGAAGAUGUUUUCCAGCAGAACCAUUUGUUCUGGCUGCAGAACACCAGCCCAGCUUCUGCAAAAGUGAGUGCCCUGAUCUGGGAGGGAAACGACUGCAAGAAGGUAGACAUGUCUGUGCUGGAGAUCAGUGGCAUUAUCAUGAGCAGGGUGAAUGCCUACCAGCAAGGAGUGGGGUAUCAGAUGCUGGGAAACAUCAUCACCAUUGGAUUGGCUUUCCUGCCAUUCCUCUACAGGCUCUUCCGCACUGACAACCUGGAGCAGCUCUGCUCCAUUUCUCUAAAGGAGCUUUUGCACAUCUUCUGUGGAGCACCUGCCAGCCCCCCUGUCCUCGUCCUGACUGCCAUCAACUUCCUGGAGAGGCUUUGCCUAACCUGGAUGUUUUUCUUCAUGAUGUGUGUUGCCGAGAGAACAUACAAACAGAGGUUUUUGUUUGCCAAGCUUUUUAGUCACAUCACCUCUGCCCGGAAAGCCAGGAAAUACGAAAUCCCUCACUUCAGACUCAAGAAAGUAGAGAACAUCAAGAUCUGGCUGUCCCUGCGCUCCUACCUCAAGAGGCGAGGCCCCCAGCGCUCCGUGGAUGUUGUGGUGUCGUCCAUCUUCCUGCUGGCUCUUUCCAUUGCCUUUAUCUGCUGUGCCCAGGUUCUUAAGGGUCAUAAAACAUUUCUGAGUGCAGCCUACAACUGGGAGUUCCUCAUCUGGGAGACAGCACUGCUCCUCUUCUUGCUGCGUCUGGCAUCCCUGGGCUCUGAAACCAACAAGAAAUACAGCAACAUUUCCAUCUUGCUCACAGAGCAGAUAAAUUUAUACCUGAAGAUGGAGAAGAAGCCAAACAAGAAAGAGCAGCUGUCCCUAGUUAACAAUGUUCUGAAACUCUCCACAAAGCUGCUGAAGGAACUGGAUUCUCCAUUCAGGCUGUAUGGGCUGACCAUGAAUCCACUGAUCUACAACAUCACCCGUGUUGUGAUCCUCUCUGCUGUCUCAGGUGUUGUCAGUGACCUGCUAGGAUUCAAUAUCAGGCUGUGGAAAAUUAAACCCUGACCAGACCAGAGGUGGAUGCUCAGCCCCCUCCACUGCAGAGCAGGCACCAUGAGCUGGGGCAGGAAGCAGAGGUGCUGCCCAGCUCCAGCCAUCUGUCAUUGCUGUUUGUGAGUGGAUUCUCCAUGCAUGGUACCAGAUGUUCUCCCUCUGCUUUACUGCUCUACAAUGACCAGACUGGGCUGGGCUGCCCAGGGGAGUCACCCAUGGCACUCACAGCAAAACAGAAUGAAGGGAGCCAGUGUCCAGCACCUGGUGCUGUGAGCAGCCAGAGCUGUGUGGGCAGCAGGGCCUCGGCCAGCCAAAGCCAGGAGAGCACCCAUGGGAGGGACACCAGGGAUGGCUGCAGGAGCCUGCGCCUGUGCCACCCGUACCUGUGCCACCCAUGCCUGUGAGAGCUGCAUCCUGGGCAGGGGUUGAGUGGGCCCUGGCCUGGCCGCAGCUUGUUUGGAGCUGCACUGAGGUGGUUUGCUCUGCACCCUCCACAACCUCCUCAGCCUCUUGGCACCUCUCUGUGCUUACCUAGACGUGCUGAGGAGA